CAACAUCAGAAGAGAUAUGAGCCUGCGGCGCUUACUUGCUGUUCUUCUUUUCUGUGGUUUAGAACAAACGGCCUUUUCAGGGCUUGGUGAUGUCGGGCAAGAACGUGUCUGUGAAGAUGGCUGGGCUGAGAUGACAGAUAGAGUCUCCCAGGGGAAAAUUUGUAUACAGGUCAACACCGCCCCGAAAUCUUGGCGUGAGGCCGAAGCCUAUUGCUCUGGAAGCAUCUCCAAUUUGAUAUCGUUGGACAGGAUAAAUGACUUUGAGGUGUUCUUACCUAAUACCGAGUCAAUAUCUCGUGUUGGAGAUAUCGUGUUUGACAACUAUAAGCUGACGGAAUUUUGGAGCGGAAUGUACACGUCCAAAGAGGGCCGUCUGAUGUGGGAUGACUACGGUCCACAAUUCGUUCGCAAGUUUUUUUCCACGAGUUGGGAUUGGGGACCUAACGAGCCGGACCCUACACAAGGUGCGUGUGGACGGACAGUGCUCGGUACCAGCCAGAUAGUUGAAACUCCCGACUUUCAGUUUAACGGCAGGAUUGACGUGUCCCUAACAGAUUGCACAAGACCGCUUCCGUUUAUAUGCAUGAAAGAUCCGGUGGAAAUCGUUGUUAAAAAAGCACGCUUCUGUGAAGAUAAUUGGUAUGGAAACCAAUAUGUCCCAGUGUGUUACCAGAUAUUCAAAGAGCCACUUCCGUUCCAAGAGGCGCGCGCAUCGUGUGAAAGCCAAAACGGGAAAUUGGCAAUCGCCUUCAACAACUUUGAACGCAGAAUGAUUAUGGCAGUGUUUGCAUUUUAUGAAAGAACAGAUGAAUACUUUGCAAGCAAAACAGUUGAUCAACUUUGGGUGAACCAGACGAACGUUGAAAGUCCGUGUGCCGCGUAUUUCCCGCUGGACAACUCUUUUGCGCCUGUUGGAACGUGUGAUAGAAGCCAUCUGUACAUCUGUACCAAACCAACAAGGUUUUUAGGUUAUCCCGAAUUCGAGAUUGGAGGCCCGUACCUGGAUCAAAGCGAGCUUCUCGAGUAUGAACCCUUUACACUACUCACACUGUACGGACAACUUGACAGAGCCUUAUAUGAAGGAGAAGUUGGAUUUGUUCAUACGCCCACUGCAAUUCUAAAUUCUACAUGGAAUUAUUUUCAGGAUUAUUAUCCAGGUUCUGACUUCACCAAUAUCAACGUUGCACAAUCUGAUCCAAAACUUGCACCGUACUUCAUAAACGUACUAUUACCGGACGAUUUUAGAGGAAAUCCGGCACGAAAACGUCGUGGCGUCAUGCGAGAACGACGUCAAAGCGAAACCACUGAAAUUCCGCCUUUCUUCACGGAACAACCCCCUAUAUACGUCGAUUACGGCUACAUCAUGCGUACGUCCGGUUACUACACGUUUGGUGUGUACAAUAUCAACCCUCCUCAGUCUUAUGAACCAACGACACCCGUGCUCGUCCGGUACUCGGAAGCGGACUUGUACAUAUAUGUUGCCUUCAUUGACUUCGUGCCGUCAGGCUUUGAGGAGAUGUCGAUAUCCAUGUCCAGUAUACACGAGUUUAAUCUCCUUAAAGAUGAGAACAACCUUGGUAAUAUAAACGAGUUCACGUCAGGGAUGCUUAAUUCGUUUAACUUGCCUCCUGCACUGCGGACAGUAGCAAACGAUUAUAGAGGAAAGAUUGAAAAUAUCAGCUCAAGCACACUGAAGAUGCGUAUAUUUGUGGCUCCAAGUGUGUCCAGGGAUACAUCAACCGAUCUUGAACAAACCGUAUUGCAAAUUGUCAAGGAACAUUUAAGAACUGAGGCUGACAGCUUCGUAUUUGAUCCUGAUUCUUUAGUAGUUCGGAGUACAGAAAACAAAGCCUUGGCGACGGCCGAUUGUGGAGGAAAUUAUGACGAUGGAGCGAGGUGGAGAAAUAUAAGACUGGUCGAUGGUUGCGAAGUUGUUCCUGCUUAUAACCAGUCCACUAGCACUGUAGAGCUUAAAAAUCUGUCUGAGACAACAUUUGAUGAACAAAAUUUCAAGGAAAUUUUGGAUAACACCGUGAAUUUGACAGACCCAGCGCUUAACUUAACGGAAGCAGAUAUCAUAUACGCAGCUGAUAUUCUCUACCAUUACCUGGACUUUGACAUUGGUAAUACUGAGGAGGUGAUGGACUAUGUUUUUAGUAUUACUAACAACAUACUUCGGACCAGCCCUGAAUCAAUAGACCGCGCCCAGAAAAUUACAAACGCUGCAAACAGAAUUAUUCUAUCAGUUGAUGACCUAACGAAUCAGGUCCAACUAUCCACCAAAGACUCCUUGCAGUUUAUUCGAGACUUUAUUGCGAGCGAGAUAUGGGUUCAAGAUGGAUUUGGUGACCUUGUAAUUGGAAUAAAUCUUAGUAAUACGACUGCUACGAUGAUAGAACAAGACUCUCUUUCAUCUAUAAAAAAUGUGGAUGAUGUUGAUAUUCCGACUGCGGAAACAGCUAUUUACCUUGAUGAAAAUUUGGUCAAAGGAAAUGUAUCGAGACUCACUUUUCACAUUUAUGCAAAGACCGACAUUUUUUCAACCGCUGGAAAUAGAUUCAAAAUCAACAGUAAAGUUGCCGCAGCCAGAUUAACAAAGAAUGGCAGAAACAUUGUACAGUUGGGGGAUGAUUCUGUAACGUCCGUGUUUCAUGUUUUUGAGGACCACAGUCACCUUGUUUGCUCCUACUGGGAUUAUUCUGCAAACGAGGACGCAGGCGGUUGGAAAACUGAAGGGUGUACUAUGACGUCAUCAGUCAACAAUAUUGUCAUCUGCAAGUGUAACCAUCUCACGAACUUUGCGGUGUUAAUUGAUCUUAAGGGUGGCAGUGAAAUUUCUGAGGCUGACAAACUUGCAUUAGGAAUUAUCACAAAAGUUGGACUCAGCAUAUCAAUAAUUGGCCUCGGUCUUACCAUCCUUACCUUCAUUGUUUUCAAGCACUUGCGCAAUGGUCGUGGUCAACAGGUCUUGAUCAACUUGAGUGUGUCCAUGCUGUGCUCGGCAAUAUUGUUCCUUGUUGGUGUGGAGCGGACAGAGUCGCGUGGUGGAUGCAUCGCCGUGGCUGCACUUCUUCACUACUUUAUCCUCGUAUCAUUCAUGUGGAUGCUUGUCGAGGGGAUCUUGCAGUACCUGCGAUUUGUCAAAGUUUUAGGGACGUACAUUCCUAAAUUCAUGAUCAAGUCGAUGAUACCGGCAUGGGGAAUACCCUUGAUUCCGGUUAUUAUAGUCCUGGCUAUCGAUUACGAUAUGUACUAUGGUGGAAAAGGAUAUUGCUGGUUGUCAGGAGAUCCACUGCUAUAUGCAUUCAUUAUUCCGAUAGCGGUUGUUAUUCUUGCAAACCUCAUCGUCUUUACGUUGGUCAUGUGCAAUUUGUUUCGACGAAAGAAGAAUACCAUGAUAUCAAACCAAUCGGAACGCAAGAUGGCAUUCUUGCACUUUCAGGCUGCUGUCUCCAUAUUUGUGAUUCUAGGCCUGACGUGGGUUUUCGGUUUCAUGACUGUUGAUGACACCAGGAUUGUCUUCCACUAUCUGUUUGCAAUAUUCAACGCCUUCCAAGGACUCUUCGUCUUCUUGUUCUUCACUUUCAGGGAAAAGCAGAUUCGCAAUGCCUGGAGGAAGCUGUGCUGUCCUAAAUCCGUUUACAAGUCUGCGACAAGUUCAGAAGGAUACAAAGGCAAAUCCAACUCCGAUACCAAAAGUACGGAGCUUUUGGGCCCAAGAUCAAACAGUACAGGCUAUUCCAAUGGGGGGAGCCAGAGAAGUGACAUUUAGACUUAUGAUCAUAUUUCGAGGGGUGUAAGCUGAAGCAUACACUCUCCUUCUUAUUGUUAUGCUAGUAACACCUCUCCACUUUCACUCCUUGAAUAAAUCAUCUAUCACUGUACAUAACGCACAUUUCUUUAAUUUGUAGCUCAUCUAAUUUUGGUUUUCACGAAAACAUUUUAUUUUUUGUCAUAUCUUUGUUGCCGUUGUUGGUGCGUUGUUGGUUUUGUUUAGACCAAAGGCCAUUUAAGAUAUUUGGUUUGAAAUGUAUGUUGACUAUAAGUUGUAACUUGUUAGAGAUAUUUUGGUACUUAUUUUUGCUCUUAAUUACAACCCGUUUAAUAUAAAUUUUGUCCGAUAUGUUCAUCAUUUCAAUGACAAUGCGCAAAGAUUUACAUUGAGUUCUGCCUCUUGGUCAAUGGAAAAAACGGUUGAGCGUUGCUGUUUGUUUCGGUACUCAAGUUUUCAUCGGGGUCGUUUCUUGAAACUACGGCUAGACGUCAAUGAAGACAAUAUAGUCCUACUUGCAUACAAUUAGUCCUUGCCAGAUAUACAUUGUACUCAAUAUUAUGCUCUGUACUUGUCAGAAUUCAAUGUAAUUUUAAAAAGGGUUUCAUACAUACUAAUUUGAGAAGAAGAAAUUCUUUGUGUAUAUUAAAAGCUUCUUAUCGCGUAUUAAAGGAGGCCCAUUCGGGUGCCAAAAUGUCAGCAAACUCCUUUUUGCGCUGUCAAAGAAAAAAUAGACUUUGAUACAGCCUGAUUCAUAUGUUUAUUCUCCUUGUCAGACAUUCCUUAUGCUCGAUUAUAUACCGUUCUUGUGUGGUAUGUACUACAUGUUAGCGGUUGAAACUGUUUUGUACAUUUGAACUUCGAUAAAAAAAAUCUGUUGUUUUGUAUACGAAUGAAAAAAUAGAUUUUGUAGUUGACGUAUUUGUAGAUAUUUGGUGCUAAUACAUUUUGUUUUGUUGUAAAUGAAAUUCGAUAUCGCGCUUAUAUUAAUAACGGAAACAAAAACCAUUUUUGAAUAUUGCUUAUUUCACCAUAUACACUUAUUGCAGAUCUGGAUCUACGUCUCUUGACAUGACACAAAUUAUAAAUCUGAAAUUUGAUUUAAUUUUUUAUUUAAAUUUGUUGAGUUGGUUUUUAAUUUGUUGUACAUGUAUAGUUUAUAAUGAAUCAAACAAACGUAGAAGUAUGCAUUUCGUAUUUGUAUAUAUCAUUGACCACGUUACUU